UUGUGAUCAUAUUCUUGGUGGAAGAGAAAAACCAACUCAGAUUUGCUUGGCUCCUAGCUUGUGGCUAUGUAGCUAGGUGGUAGUAAUCCCCAAGUACUCUCUUGGAGGCAUGAGGUUGAAUAAUAUCAGAACCUUAUUUUUUUUCAGGUUUUGUUUCUGCAAUUUCCUGAAGUGCAGUCACAUGAAAGGAUCAUUUACCUACUGGUUUUUCAUCCAUUGGUAAAAAUAUCAUUUAUUUCAUUUAAUUUUGGAUGACAAUUCCAUCUUUUCUUCAUCACUUUUUGAAAAAGAAUUUGAGAAAGUUGUCUUCAUUAACUGUCUAGCAAAAUCAAUUUGUGUUCAGUGCUACAUUGUACAAUAACUGUUGUUUUGUUUUCACUUUCUUAACCAAUUUAGUGAUUUUUAAAGGAGAAGUUUAAGUGAUCAUUCCAAUAUUAGACAAAGGGAAAGGUGAGAUAGUAUUUAUAAAGGGAAGACAGUUUUGCUGAUAAAGUGGAUGUAUUUUUUUUUCAUAGAUCAUGCUCCAAAGAGAGAUUCUCAGUUUGUGCUGAAUACCUGUUUAAUAAGACAUGAAGGAUUUUGCAGCCGUAGAUGUAACAUGAAUUAUGUCAUUACGGGAAAAAGAUUACGAUGUUACUUACAAAAUUUUAAUCAUUGGGGAGUCAGCUGUUGGGAAAACAUCAUUGAUAAAAUGCUAUUCUAAACCAAACGAAUCUUUCAGGGCAGCUCUUCUACCAACAAUUGGAAUUGAUUUUGUAACAGUGGUUACGAAUGUGGAUGGAGUCCGUGUUCGCUUGCAGAUUUGGGAUACAGCGGGUCAAGAAAGAUUUAGAACUCUGACUUCCAUGCACUUUAGGGGUACAAAGGGUAUAUUGUUAGUUUAUGACAUUACAAAUGCUCAUUCAUUUGAUCAACUUCAGUACUGGAUAAAGACAAUGAAUAAGCAUAACCUGAUGUAUGAAGAAGUAAUACUUGUGGGGAACAAGUGUGAUUAUGACAGAAAAAGCUGGGAAGUGGACACUCAAACUGGAAAGGAGCUUGCAAGACAGUUUGGGUUGAAGUUCUUUGAAACAAGUGCAAAAACACAAAAGAAUGUCCAAGAGGUUUUCCAAGAACUUGCUAAAAACGUCAAGUAUGCAAAUGACCCAGUUAUGGUAAUAAAUGGUGAUGAGGACGGUUGGGAUAAAAUAGAUGCUGGGAUAAGACUGCAAUCAUGUGAUUACCCACAACACAAAAAAAAAAUGGCCAACUGUGGUUGCACCAAAUAAUCUGCGAGUCCAUCUACUUUGGCAGUGAUGCAGUCAUCGUGCCUUCUCUGGUCACACUCAGCUUGUCCUGUUUUUUUUUUCUUGGUCUUUAGUUUUUCCUCUUUUUCUCUUGCAUGGAGGCAACAUGGCUGAUAAGUCGCCUCUUCAGAUUUAUUAUAAACAGUCUGGAGCUUUCCAAUUCACAUUCCACUUUGACCAUGGCAACUGGUUGGGAUUAUUUAAUGGCAAUCUAAGGGUUAUCUCCUUUACUGCAUUAAUUGCUAAACCCCCCUCCCCUCCACCCCUGCAAAUUCAAGUGUAGUUUUUUCCAAGGUAGUUGUCAACUCAAAAGGGGUCAUGCAUGAUAUAUAAUCCCAAGAGAUGGUAGUUAGAGCAAGAUUCUAUCAGAGGCACCAAAGCAAUGUUAACCAGCCAUUACUGAUAAUGUCUCUGCAUUCUAGUUUUUAUUUUUGGCUGAUUAAAGUGCACCCCCACUAUAACUAAGGUAUCAAGUGUAUUAUUUGUUUAAAUUGAAGAGGUUUGUAGUUAUUUGUAGUGAAACAUCUAAAUCUAGUGGAAAAAAAAUU